AUGAAGGCAAUUAAAGCACCCAAGACGCCGCUUCAGAGCGUCCACGAAGAAGCAGAACAUUUGUAUCCAGCCAGUAUUGAAUGGUCUCGUGCUUGCGAGUCCGUAGGCGUUACUGGAUCCUUUAAUAAUUGGGGCUCGCAGAUCUUACUUAAGAGACAGAAAACAUCAGAUGGAACUCCAGUCUAUUGUGCAAAGCUCUGGUUGCCUAUAGGGACGCACUUGUUCAAGUUUUGUGUGGAUGGUGCAUGGCAAUACGACCCUGAAGUGACUUUUGCCCCUGAUGGGUAUGGAAACCUCAACAACUUUAUCAAGAUUGGACCCAUCAUGGAUCCACAGACUCAAGAAAAAGCUUUGCAACGAGCUAGUCGUACCAUUAUUCGAGAUGCUGAGGACGGGAUUCCCGUUAUGAACCCACAAGCCAGUGAAGAACUCAUGGAACUUCGGAUGCAAACGUCCCCCGUGCAACGACCAUUACGUUCUCCAACCAAUCAGCAGGUCAAGCAACCGGAUCCGAUCCCGAGAGCGACACCACUGAUAACUCCUCGGAAACCUCAGGAAACGGAAGACUCAGAGUACGGUAUUGAAGUGAGUGCACGUCGCGUGAGCAACCACAGUUUAUUGGGCAGUAUGCCACGAUCUAGAGCUGGUACAUUGACCAGGUCCAAGAGUGAAGAAUUGCUGAGUAACGCAGCGUCGGCUACUGCCGAUGUUCCGCCAAAGUACGUGAAUUACAUGGACGACGUCAUCACCAACUCGGUACUUCUGGCAGCGACGACGCAACACUUUGGUGGAGAUUUGGUCACGCAUGAACACAACACUCGUGCAAAACUGGGAGGACAUCGCUCGGUGCUGGUGAGUGGUCCGCAUACAGCAAAGCAGACGGCCCCGCAGCAGCACAGCGGCGGCAAACUGAUCAUUUUUCUUGUAGGUCUGCCUGGUCGUGGCAAGACGUACAUUGGACACAUUCUGGCACGUCAUUUGACGUGGAUGGGGCACCACUCCCGCACGUUUAACACUGGAGAGUACCGUCGAAGACUUGUUGGAUCGAACGUAAACCACGCGUUCUGGGAUCCGUACAACGAAGAAUCGUUUCAGAUUCGCACCGAUCUGGCAAAGAAAUGCCUAGACGAUUCAAUUGAAGCGCUGGAGAGUAACGAUUGCGACUGCGUCAUUUUUGAUGCUACCAACGUAACGCGCCAACGUCGUCAGAUGUUGUUGAAUGAAGUGCACCAGCGCUGUCAGUGCGAGAUGAUGUUUAUCGAGUCCGUAUGCGAUGACCCGGAUCUCAUCGCUUCCUCGAUUAACGAGAUGAAGUUGAACUCAGCUGAUUACGCGGGCAAGACGAUGGAAGAGGCUGCUGAAGACUACAACAACCGCAUUAACCACUAUCAGUCGCUGUACGAACCGCUUACCGCACAUCUCGAAGGUGCACCGUUUAUCAAGAUUAUCGAUGUAGGCCGCCAAAUUUUUUGCAACCAGGUGUACGGCUAUUUGCAGUCGCGUAUCAUGUUCCUAAUGGCCAACUUAAACUUGAAGCCACGACCGAUCUGGCUGAGUCGUCACGGCGAGAGUAUGUACAACACGCAGAAGCGCAUUGGUGGCGAUUCGCCUCUGAGUCCGCUAGGCGUACAGUAUGCCGAACAACUAGACCGGUUUGUUGACGCGUAUUAUCCAACCCCUGACACAGAACUCGCAGUUUGGACGUCGACGAUGCUACGUACGGGAAUGACUGUAGAACGAAUCGCAGCCCGUGGCCGAUCGAUUGUGAAGUGGAAGCAGCUAGAUGAGAUCGAUGCCGGUAUCUGCGAUGGCAUGACGUACGAGCAAGUGGCUGAGGAGAUGCCGGAGGAAUAUCUCGCGCGCAAGAACAACAAACUACACUACCGUUACCCGCGUGGCGAGUCAUACCAGGACGUGAUCCACCGUCUCGAGCCGGUGAUCACGGAGCUGAUGCGAAUGGACAAGCCUGUGCUGAUCGUGGCGCACCAGGCCAUACUACGUGUGUUGUACGCUUACCUUACAAACAAGUCCCCGCACGAGUGCCCCACGCUCAACAUCCCAUUGCACGUGGUCAUUCAGGUUACCCCCAAGGCUUACAGAUGCGAGGAGGUGUGGCAUCGUCCUAUGUAG